AUGAUUGAAUUGUGGCCGAGUCUUGGUGCAUUUGGCUUUUAUACAUGGGUUUACGCUAGAAUAUUUUGUAAUGAUACACACUGGAUCUGGUUGAAUUCUUCGUCGCUCCAAUUUCCAUCUUCAGUCGAUUCUCCAUUAACUGAAUCUGAGUAUCCCGAACCCUAUUUACCUCAAUUACUUAUAACAUCAAAUCCAGAUCAUCGUUUUGAAAUAUUUGCCGACAUUUUAUUACAGCCAUCAUUAUACAUGAAACCUGUAUUCGGUGAUUGUCUGUGGACAUCUACGAAUUACACAAAUUCUCUGAAUCAAAUGCAAACAACGACAAUCUAUUCGGGAUGGUUGCCACCCGAAAAAAUGAAUGAAUUUGAACAGGAGCUACAUCAUAAUAUCUGUGUUCUCCUGCCACAACCAUUUCAUGUCAAUGGAAAACCAUACACAUUGUUUAUCAACAUUACGCAAAACAAUAGUUUCGAGUGGCCGUCGAAUAUUUCUUGGUAUACUGUCCCAUCUCCAUCAUCAAAUGACAUACUCAAAACAAAGCCGGUUUCUGAUGAUUGGUACAAUGAUCUUCAAUGGACAAAAUCAUUUGCAAACCAAUGGAAAUCGGAUAUGUAUCGAUUUAGUGCCGUACAACCACUCGAAUAUGAAAAUACAACGCAAAUUUAUUUGACUCGUAAAUCUUCUAUACAAACCGAUAAUCAAUUAAUGGAUUUGAUCGAUUAUCUUAUUGAACGAUACAAUAAAUUGAAUAUUCGAACGGAAAAACAGAUCUUUCACUGGCGAAAUAUUACGCAAGCAAAUCUUAUUGCUUACAUACCCGCUAGCGGAUCUUACAAGUGUCAUGAGCCAGUAGUAUUUAUCGAUCAUAUCGACACUGCAUUUGAGGGAGAUACAUUCGCCAAUACUGGAAAACGGCGGUCAACACCAGGCGCCGAUGACAAUGUUAGUGGCUUGAUGGCUUUACUUCAAUCAGCUUCGAUACUGAAAAAAACCCAAGAAAAUGCGUGCCGUGACAUAUGGUUAGUUCAUUUGACAGGUGAAGAAUAUCCUGCGGCUAGUUUGGGUAUCACACAUUUCCUACAGCAGCUAUUCAUAAAAAAGCAACCAAUUCACACUGCCGUUAUUGUUGAUAUGAUCGGCCAUCGUGUCAAUCGAAGUGAUCCUAUUGUUCAAGUCAACGCAGGAGAUACAACUAAAUCAUUACUCAUGGCUGAAUUAGCUCUCAAUUACGUUUAUCCACGAAUCAAGAAUGAUUUAAUUCUACAGAAUUUACAACCAGUCCUGCGUCGAUGGAGUGAUCCCUUUGCAUAUUUAUAUAAUACUGAUGGAGUCAGAUUUGUCGAAUACGGUUUUACUUGUCUAUUAUUCAAUGAACACAUAAAUUAUCAUGAAAAUUUCGACCGUGAUGGAUAUCAUGACACUUUAGAUACUGUGGAUUUCAUUGAUUUCGAAUACGGACAAACAGUCUCACAAUAUGCAAUUGCUACAGUAGCAAUGUUAGCUCAUUCAGAUUGCCGCUCAGAUUCAUGUUGGAAAGAGGCAAAUCUGAUAUUCAUCAUCGGAUUGAGUCCAUUAUUAUCGAUGCUACUUACAACGUAA